CCUCUCUUCCCUCCUCGUUCCGCCCUUCUCCAGUCGCACAUUACCCUUUUCCCCUACCCACCCGACUAACCCCUCGAUCUUUGCCAUCACAGCCACAGUCCGUAUCCACUUCUGGUGGUAGCAGACCUACCCACAUUACCUCACCGAUUUGCGCGCAUUAGUCACUGUACACACUUGACACCCACUUACUGUCUGGUCUCUGACAGAGUCAAAUUACCUGCACUACGUCCAGCCGUGAUUUGGACGUCGGCCAGAUCUCAAGCACAAGAGUCAAUUCACUCUGCUUGACUUGAUUUGGCAUUCUCGCUUGCACACCCAAGUCCACCCACGCCCACGUCAGCCUCGCUCACAUGGCUCCCUCACACACGUCGUACAAGCGCAAGGCCAGCUCUCCUUCCUCCUCCAUCGACGAUGAGCUCCAUGAUGAAGGCAAUUCGUCUCGAUUCGUCGGAGGCUCAGGAUCAGAGCUAGUGCCCAGCACAAAGCCUGGCGAGCCGCCUGUAACGAAGCGAACACUACAGAAUCGCAAGGCUCAACGAGAGUUUCGUAAGCGAAGGGAGGCCAGAGUCAAGGAUCUGGAGGAGAGGUGCAGGCGCUUUGAUCAGAUGGGUCUCGAGGCCAAUGCCGAGCUGCAGAACAUGGCCAGGCGUUUCAAGGACGAGAACGAGGCCUUGAGAGCCUUAUUGGUACGCUUGGGAUACGGUAACAUGAUUCCAGGCGCACUCGAGGGCAUCAGUGACGGCGCGUACGAGGACAGUAACGGCGAGAGCUCCUCCGACAGCAGUGGUCGGCAAGAGCAAUCCUCAUCAAUCGCACCUCCCAAUCAGCAGCAGUACACUGCCAUGGAGGCACCCCCCGGAUCUGUCAAUCCGGGCAUGCUGGAUCCCAGUGGUCUACCUGCAUACAUGCCUCAAGGUGAUGCGAUGACCGUGCGUUGGAACGAUCCAAGCCGUGCACCGCAAUGGGAGAGCAGCGACAACAGCCAGCAUCAAUCACAUCAGUCAGAUACAAGGAAGUCUGUUAGUCGCUCCAUGAGCGGCGGUCGCAGCGGUGACACUCGUAAUGGUCUACUUUCGCUCAACUUCCCCGACGUAACUUCACAAGGCGUGCAGGCACCACAGCAGCAGCAGCAGCCAAUGUCAUCACAGCUACAGCCGCAUCCACAGCAGCAGCAGCUUACCCAACAGCAACAGCAGGACAGUGCCCACCUCUCUUCGAGAGAUGGGAUCACACCUGGGACUUUCAGCUCGCUGAUGGGUAUGCUUGGCAGUCAGCCGAAUCAUGCGCAGCCAGAUCAGCAGCAGCAGCAGCAGAGUCAGGCGCAGGGCGGAGGAUCUGCGUUCCUCAAGUCGAACCAAGGCCCCAGUGUUCAUAGCGGAUACGGCAUGGCUCAUCGCCCACACCAGAACGAUGCUCUGCUCAACCCAAACCCCAUACCGUUUGCUGUCAACCUAUCUAACGAGCCCGCACCAGAGCAGAGUUGGUGGGAUGCCCACGGUGGAGGAAUGUUCGGUGGUGACAACUAUCUGGACGACAAGGCCAAUGCUGUCGCACAGGCGUCAGCCGGCCAACUCAACAAUGGCUCGCAGUCUCCCUUUGAUAUCAGUGCCUUCCUCACCAGCGGACACACCCCUGGCGGCGGCAACUAUAACUUCAACAGCAACAUGCCCACCGGUUUCACACCUGCUCUCGCCACAUCGAACAGUAGCGACCCUUUGAGUCAAGCAGGUGCCGAUCUCAAGAAUGGUAAAGAGCCCGCGAGUAAUACCGGCAACCACAAGCAAUCUCAACACGGACCCUCAGCUGCACAGCUUAGCCCCGCGGAGCACAUUCAGGUCUUUCUCCGUAUCUUGGAGCGUCGAGCGAUUCGCGCUGGAGAGCAGCGAGGCCAGCAACAGUACGGUCGCCGCCAGAUGUCGGAUAGUCAGUCCAGUCGUGGGAUGAACUGGAUGGAGAUGAAGUCUGACGUCUCUUCGGACGAUAGCAGUGCUGGUGGUUCUCGCAACAACUCUCCUCGAGGUGAGCGCAUCACGCCCAACACGGCUUACAGCCGUCUGGCCCAGCAUCCUGUCUUUCUGCGCACCGACAUGGGAGAGCUGGAGGAGUUGAUCAACUCGAUUCCGGCUGCAAACAUUGCGACGGUCAAUGCCCAGGGCAGCGGCAGUGGUGCACCUCUGGAGGUGGACGUAUGCGCUCUGGACGGCCUGAUGGCUAUGCUGGACCACAGAGGAAGGUUCGGCGAAUUGAAGAGCAGGGGCGGGAGCAGGCCUGGAGGCCACCGUGGGGCCUCGAUCAAGGCCGAGCAGUAAUAUCGUUGGCUGGCUGCUACUACUUCUAUAUUGUACAUGUUUUCUUCGUCGUCUGUUUUCCCUUGUAUCAGUACUCAUCGCACGCAGACAGGCCUCCGAGGCUUCUGAGCUGCGUCGAUGACCCUUUCAUUCCCCAUUGUACUAUAUUUCUCUGGCUUUCAUUUUGACAUAACGACACACGCCCGCGCCUUUUCGUCACAUCGUUUUUCUCCGCACAUCGAGCAGACUCUUUUGUUUCUUCUCUUCUACUUCUCCACAUCUAUCUUUUAAUAGUUCACCAAAUACUUUUGUUCAGUUGAACUUCGAAUAAAAUUCCCCGUU